AUGUCUCAUCAAUACUCUUCGUCUUCCGCUAUGAGCAUGGUCUCGACCAACAACGUCUACAGCAACGAGCAAGUGCCACAAAAUGGUGAGUUGUACUCUUUUCCAAUCAAUUCUCAUUUCUUCCUUUCAGUUUGUAGCACUUCUCGACCAAUGAUGCCCGAUUACCCUCAGCCGAUGUCGUUCCACAUUCCAAUGUCAGCUGAGCAUCCGGUGCAGACCGGCAACAUGAUGCAGUCUCCACUUAUGAUGCCUUCUCAUUGUCCAAUUCGUGCUGAUCAUACAAUGCCGUUCCACAAUCGGAUGCCUUCUUACCAUCCGGUGCCCUUCCACACUCCGAUGCCGCCCGGCAACAUGAUGCCACCACGAAUGCCAAUUCCGUCUCACAACGCAAUGCCAUCUUUCCAUCCAGCGCAGUUCCAUGUCCCGAUGUAUGCUCAGUAUCCGUCCGGUAACAUGAUGCCGCUCCACAAUCCAACUCCUGCUGUGAACGCGGUCUCGGCCAAUUGCAACGAGCGAAUGCAACAACCUUGCGAGUUACAGUCUUUUCGAAUCGAUUCUUACUCCUUCCUUUCAGACACUGCUCAUCCCGAUCCAACACUGUCUCUUCCUGCAUCCCAGAAGAGUUCAAUUGUGGUCUCUUUGAUCGAUGAGAAGAAGCUGUGGUCGAAGUACUGCGGGAUGCCGAACGAGAUGAUGGUGCUCACCACCGGCCGCGAACUGUUCCCCAAGUUGAAGUACGAUGUGGUGGGACUGAAACGCAAUUCCCAAUACCAAAUGACCAUCCAUCUCAAGAGAAUUUCCAAAAAGUUCAUGAAGUACGAGGAAGAUGAGUGGAUAGAAAGUUCGAAGCCAGUUGACGGACCUUCCACCACAGACCGCUUCACUGUGGGGACCAUGAGCGGAGAGGAAUGGAUGAUGAUCGGAAUUGAUGCCGCACGAUUGAAAAUUUACAAUAUUGGCAAUCCGAAGAAGGUCGGAGGCAAGCCGGUCGAUCCGAAUAAUCGUGCGGAAGUUGCGAGAGCGGCUGCGAAAGCCCAGAAACUGAGGGAAACCCUGGCAAUGAGUGUAAGUUUCGGCCAAAUUCUACGAAAAGUAAUCAAUGUUUCUGUUUCAGAUUGAGGUCAAGUCACUGAUAAGGUACAUGCCAGUUCUGACAAUCUGGGAGUUCUAUUCUGACGGACUAUUGUACAAAGUCAAGGAAUUUGAGAUGCCUGAAACCCAGUUCCUCACUUGCACUGGAUACAAGGUAAGCUUCAUACUUUUGAGUAUUUGCUUUAACUCUUCAUCUUUUCAGAACCCGCUUAUCCGCGACAUGAAGUCAAGCGACAACAAGUACGUGUCUGGUCUUCCAUCCUAUCCUGACUUUCGCAGUCCUGUCGUCACUGCAGCUCCGUUCCAGAUGGAUGGCCAAGUGAUGGCUGCAUCCACUUCGGAUGUCGUCCGUUGGGAUCCCGAUAGUCCCACGAACAGUUCCGGCUACUCUUCCGAUCGCACCUCGUACUCUCCGGAAUUCGUUCCCGCCCCCUCAACUCAUCACUAUGUCCCCACUCCAGCUCCAUAUCACCCCAUUCCUUACCCUCCUGCCCAACCCGAUCUCUACUACUCUCAUGUUCCGUUCGAACAAUCCCCGUAG